UUGCGCGCAUGCGUGAAAGACACGGUCCGCCAUCACUGAGAUUGAGCAGAUGUUAUGUUUUCACUCGACAGGUGUGACAGAGUGAUAUCACCGGUGUAUCGUACCGGUAUUAUUAUGAAAUUUUACAUUAGCUAAAAAACUACAAUUAAUAUGGCAAAAAACAAACUGCAAGAGACAAGAACUACAAAGACUAGAGUCAAAUCUGUACAUAUAAACUUACCUAGAUCAAAUAAAAAUAAGAAAAAUAUGUUAUCCACUCAUACUAUAGCCACUGCUCUAUGCAUCAUCGUUGCUUCUUGGUUUGGAUUUAAAGGAUAUCUUGAAACAAGAGUAAAUACUCCAUUUGAUAUACAAAAGCUAGUUAUUGGAUCUAGUUUGGAUUAUCCGGAUAGAUAUUGGGGCACAUACAGACCUGGUGUUUAUUUUGGCUUAAAGACAAGAAAUCCACACUCUUUAGUAACUGGUUUGAUGUGGUAUUUUCCACAGCUCUUACUUCCAGAUGGCACUGGAUUGAGACAUUGGUGUGAGCAAAGCGAUGGACUAGACAGAUACGCGUGGUUGGAACACGAUGGAAGAACAUUUGGCGUUCAAGAAAUAGUAGACAAUGCCACGAUUAUCAAGACAACGUUUGUGAAAAGACUCGGUGGGUAUCACGGCGGCGAUUGGACCGCGAGAAUCGCAGUGUCGUCGGACAAACGCGAAGGAGAAGAAAUAUCACUGCUGUUCUACACCGCCAUCGAGGAAGGCACAGAGGGUUGGAUAAAAGCUAAUUUAGGAGACGAUAAUCACCUGACGGGAAUAGAAGGGAUCACGCAGGGAUUAGGGUCUUUUGUUAUCAAUUUAAAUCUGAUACGCGGCACCAUGGAGGAGCACUCCUUCCUCGCGACGGCCGUGUCCGAUCUAAACGUGUUGAGGGAAAAUGUCUUGUACAAUCUUCGUCUCGCGACUCAGAAAGGAUACUCGACGAAGCACAUAGUCCUGGCCGGCGAACAGCUGCCUCUGUCGAACGGCCAGAAGAUGGAUCCGAAUUUCAUCGUCACCCAAGUAACGGGAAGAAUCCCCUUCGAGAUCGAAGUGAGCUUCGAGUCCGGCAGCUUCGGCACCAGGAUACACAAGUUAACGGGCGACAACUACGACGAGGCCCUCGAGAAGCAACGCCAAUUGUUCUCCGACAAGUUCGAGAGCGUCUUCAAGCUGAAGUCCAAGGGAUACACGGACGACGAGGUGUCGUUCGCGAAGAUGGCGUUCUCGAAUUUGCUGGGCUCGGUGGGCUACUUCUACGGUGUGUCGCAGGUGCAGAGUGUACAUAACAAGAAACCCGUGCCUUACUGGAAAGCACCUUUGUACACCGCGGUGCCCAGCAGGAGCUUCUUCCCGCGUGGUUUCCUGUGGGACGAAGGUUUCCACGGCUUGCUCAUCUCCGCCUGGGACACGGAGAUAGAGCUGGACAUCAUGUGCCAUUGGUUCGAUCUUAUGAACGUCGAAGGUUGGAUCCCUCGCGAGAUGAUCCUCGGCCAGGAGGCUCUCGCCAAAGUGCCCAAGGAGUUCGUCACUCAGAUCAACACGAACGCGAAUCCGCCGACGUUCUUCCUGACGCUGGACUUCAUGCUUCGGCACAAGCGGCACCAGUUGUCGGAGAGGCACCUCCGAGUGCUGGAGAGGCUCUAUCCGCGACUGGAGGCGUGGUUCGCGUGGUUCAACACCACGCAGGCCGGCGACCUGCCCGGCACGUACCGAUGGCAAGGUAGAGACGCGACGACUACUCGCGAGCUGAAUCCCAAAACAUUGACCUCCGGCUUGGACGAUUAUCCGCGGGCCUCGCAUCCCAACGACGACGAGCGCAAUGUCGACCUGCGUUGCUGGAUCGCGUUCGCCGCGCGCGUUAUGGCCGAUAUCGUCGAGACGUUGAACUUCUCUUCCAACAAGUAUCGGGAAACGUUUCAGUAUCUGUCCAACAACGAAUUGCUGAACAAGCUGCACUGGUCGCCGGACACGCGGGCGUACUCCGACUUCGGUCUGCACACCGACAAAGUGGCGCUGCGAAAACCCGCGCCGCCGCCCGCUCACACGCAGCGAGCGCACACGCACUCCUCGGAGAUGAUCCGCGUCGUGCUGGAGAAUCCGACCCUGAGAUUCGUCGACACGACCUUUGGAUACGUGUCGUUGUUCCCAUUCAUUCUGCAGAUCGUCGAACCCGACUCGCCGCAGUUGGCUGAUGUACUGCGGAAUCUACGAGAUCCUGACCUGCUUUGGACCAAGUACGGGCUGCGAUCGCUCGCGAAAACGUCGCCGCUCUACAUGAAAUACAACACGGAGCACGACCCGCCUUACUGGCGCGGUCCCAUCUGGAUAAACCUGAAUUAUUUGACGGUGCGCGCUGCGCAUUAUUACUCCAACGUGGAGGGACCGUAUCGGGAGGACGCGAAGAAGGUGUACGGCGAAUUGCGGCGGAAUCUGAUACAGAAUAUCAUGAAGCAGUACAGAAAGACUGGCUACAUUUGGGAGCAUUAUGACAGCGAUCAGGGAGCGGGUAAAGGUAGCCAUCCUUUCACCGGCUGGUCUUCCUUAGUUGUGCUGCUUAUGGCGGAGAUAUACUAGAAAUUCUUCUGUCGCUCCCUUACGUUGAAUCACCGUUAUUAAAGCGGUUGUUUCAUUGAAAGUAGAAUCAAAAGACACUGCAAAUGUUCACUUAGACUUUAUUACACCGGUCCGUAAGUAGUAAUAUAUGCGCUUCAGGCUGGAUGCAAGGAUUAUGACUGUGGAGUUACUACGAGUUCUAAUGAACGAUUAGUUGAAGAACACAUCUACGAGAUGAUGCGAAGAUAUAAGAAAAAAACAUUCAAAAUAUCACUUUUGCGUUAAAUGGGAAUAAUACAGGGUGUCUUGUGAAAACGGGACUACCUCGGAAAAAAGAUAAAAGGCACGGGAAAGAAUGGUGCAGGAAAAAACGAAGUUCCUGCUUUUAUCUUUUUUGCCUUUUUAUCUGUUCCUGCUUUUAUCUUUUUUGCGUUUUAGUCUGAGACGGAUUCCAAGACUUUCAUGUACGCGAUAAGAGUCGCAUCGAUUAAUCACAUAAAUCCGUAUUUCAUACUGAAGAUAAUCAGACCUUUUGUAUGAAGUAUCAUAUAUAUACAUAUAUAAAUGUUGUAUGAUAAUUAACUGCACUGUUAUAAAUAUUUUCUAAAACAAUAUAUUGCGAUUUGAUGAGGUACUCGAUAUUCAUGUCAAAAAUUUCAUAUAAAGCAUUUUGGAUGAAACAAAUUUUUCAUUCUCUUGUACUGAACGGAUGUGUAUUUCAUUUUUACUAUUGAUACUACUACUGAUAAAGGCAUUUCAAAAUUGUAACAGACUGUACACUGGAUAAGUGUAUGUACAAUUACCAAAAGAAAAAGAAGAGGAAAAGACGGCUGUGAGUCACUAAAAAAAAAAACUUGUAUAUUGUAUAUAAUAUUAAGCUAUCUUCGAGAAGCACAAUGUUUUGUCAUUGUAGCAUGGUCC